AUGCUACCAGUUACUUUCUCGCACCCGUUCCUUCUGCCUUCCUUGUCUGUUUGUAUACCUUACGCGACUGUCAACUCACUGGCCUCUCUCCCUCUCUUCUUGCCCCUUUUCAGCGCUAGUUUCGACUCCACAGUCCGUCUGUGGGACGUAAAGACUGGUCAGUGCCGCCAGAUUCUACAGCAGCACAAGGAGCCCGUCUACAGCGUCGCUUUCAGUCCGGACGGUCAACUCCUCGCGACAGGCUCCUUCGAUCAACGUGUCCACAUCUGGAGUGUUGAUGUACGUUGCCUGUCUGGCACUUUCUUGAUCUCGUUCUUUUCUUCACUGCAGCACAGUGAACGGUUUAGUAUCUUGUUCUCCGGCAAGCGCAGCCUCGGAAACAAGUAA